ACCAAUGGGUUGGUGUUUCUCCUUGACGUACCCGGAAGUAGGAAGUGAAGCGUUGGACCGGGCUCCCUCCAACAAGUUUUCUCCCUCGCUCGCUCGCUGCUCAAAUGGCGGCCGAGCGGACGUUGUGGUCCCCGUGGACCAGUACGGUCCUCCUGCUGGCGCUGUCCGGACUCCUCGAACCCCGCUGCGCACUAUCGGAACCGGGCAAAUGGGUUGUGAACGUGGACAACGAAACUUUGAGGAAGCACAACCUUUUCGUCUUCGCUAAAACGCUCUUCAACAACAGCGUCAUCCAUCUUAAAUUGGCGGGCCAGAGCUGCAACUCGUCUUUUCCAGUGCGCCUGAACGUCUCUUGGUACCUGAGGAGCUCUCGUUGCUACGAUGAAGUCUUCAGUCUGGACACCUUGCGAGCGGAAAAAUACUUCAGGUCCACGGAGGUGAAGCAGGAAGGAGGAAGCGGUUUCUAUGUCUUUCAUCAGUACCCUCUUAUCACCUGCGAGUCACCAGUGGACCCCAACAAAUUUGGUCUGGAAACCUUCACAGAGAAAACUCCAUUGACUGAACUGCAAAUUCAGCCAAGCAAUACAAAGGCCCCCGUCAGAAACCACAGAGAUGCGGGGCUUCCUAAACCCAAGGUGCAAACAGGAGGAACGGACAAGAAGGAGGAGAAGCAGAAGAAUAAAAGUUCUGCAGGAGACACCAAAAUUGCUCCCAAACAGAGCGUCGCAGCACAUGCCCACUUGGACGCGGUGGCCGAGAGCUGGGCGGACGGUCCGUACCUCUUCCUACUGAGCGUCCGCGAGGUGGGCGGCCAGAAGGGGGAUCCGGCGCCUGCCCCUUGGAAUUUGCGGCUCGAAGUGAGCGCGACGGGACCUCGCGAUUACCUCUCAGCCUCGGAGUGGCCGCUCAUGCUGUUCUACAUGGGGAUGUGCGUGGUGUACGUGCUGCUGGCGCUCUUGUGGCUCAUCCUGUCGGCGUGCUACUGGAGGGACCUGCUCAGGAUCCAGUUCUGGAUCGGAGGCGUCAUCUUCCUGGGGAUGCUGGAGAAGGCCGUUUACUACGGCGAGUUUCAGAGCAUUCGAUACCACGGAUUUUCGGUCCAGGGGGCGGCGGUGUUCGCCGAGCUUCUGUCGGCCGUGAAGAGGACGCUGGCGCGGGUGCUGGUCAUCAUCGCCAGUCUGGGAUACGGCAUCGUCAAGCCACGGCUGGGAGCGCUGCUCCACCGCGUGGUUGCCGUCGGUCUGCUCUACCUGUUGUUCUCCACCAUUGAAGGCGUCCUGCGAGUCAACGGCGACAGAAGCAGUGACGCCGGAAGUUUGUUUUUGUGCGACGUGGUGUUAGCCUUCACCGACUCCUGUGUCAUCUGCUGGAUCUUCGUGAGUCUGGCUCAGACCAUGAAGCUUCUCCGCCUCCGCCGCAACCUGGUCAAGCUCUCGCUCUACAGGCACUUCACCAACACGCUCAUCUUGGCCGUCAUCGCGUCUGUCAUUUUCAUCGUUUGGACUACAAAGACUUUCAAGAUGGCCAAAUGUCAAUCUGACUGGCGCGAGCUUUGGAUCGAUGACGCUUUCUGGCGUUUCCUGUUCUCCGCCAUCCUGUUGGUCAUCAUGUUCCUAUGGCGACCGUCGGCCAAUAAUCAGAGGUACGCGUUCCGGCCUCUGGUGGAUGAAGAGGACAGCGACGAAGAGGAAGAGGAGGAGGAGCUGAUGGUGAACGAAGCUUUCGGCAUGAAGAUGAGAGGCGUCAAGAACGAAAGCAACGGCAGCGCCGCCGCCGCCAGAGCCAGCAAAGUGGAUGAAGAUCUGAAAUGGGUGGAGGAGAACAUCCCGUCGUCAAUGGCUGACAUCGCCCUGCCGCCUCUGCUCGACUCGGAGGAGGAAAUCAUGACGACCAAGUUUGAGAUGUCCAAGAUGGAGUGACCUUCAGUGACCUCCUUUAUGAGCUUUGUAAGCCUCAGUCGCUCUGCAUUUUUCUUCUUCUUCGACCUUUUUUUUUUUUUUUUCCAACAGUCACGUGACUAAAAUGACUUUGGAAAAUAGUCCUUUCUUCUGCCAUUGACGGCGAUAGAUGUUCGUAAUGUCGCUACGGGUGUUUGAAAUCCUCGGAUCAUUUGUAAUUAAAUUUCUGUCGUCCUCGGUGAAAAGUUGAGGAUGACAGAAAUCGGAGGAGUUUACGGUUUUUAUUAUUUUUUAUAUAUGAAUAGUUAUUUAAAAAAUAAAAAUGUUUACCGGGUUUUGCGUAUUGUGUUUUUUGUAAAUUAAAACAAUAAAAAAAUAUCAUUGAAAUAGCAUAUUUACUCUGCUUUUCCUUUUUUUUUUCUUUCUUGAAUUAAAAUUCAUGCUUAUAUUUUUUUUUUAUAUGUAUAUGCGUAUACUCCAAUAUUUGUCAAAUGUAAAUUCAGGCAUCACAGGGUUAACUCUUUCACUUGUUUGCCAUUAAAUAUAUACCGUAAAUAGAAUCAUAAUUAUAACAAAUAAAUAAAAAUGAAAAUGAGAAAAUAAUAAUUAAGAUGAAUUUAAAAAAAUAAAAAUCAAUCAAAUAAAU